CCCGCUUUGUGCAUGUAGCCUCCCCACACUCUGGGGUGCAGUAUAUAAAGGAGAGUUGAGCUGUUUGUACUUUUGGUUUGUUAUUCCAGAAAGUGCAGGAGCCUACUCCGUAGUAACCAAGAUGGUUCACUUCCCAACGGCUCCGGUGGCCUCAGGCCUUGUAGCGCUGCUUGCACUGUCCCCGGCUGUCCUCGCAAACCCAAUCGUGGCAGAAGGUACAUCCUUCUCCCUCAAUGGCAAGACAAUGUCCUACCGCUUCCACGUGGACAACGCGACGGGUAAGCUCCUAGGAGACCACUUUGGUGGCACCAUCACUGGUGACAUCCCCCAGGAGGAACUGGGCGAGCUGAAUGGCUGGGCCGGUUUCCAUGGCCGUGUACGUCGCGAGUUCCCAGAGCAAGGCCUAGGCGACUUCCGGAUCCCCGCGGUCCGAAUUCGCGAGUCGCCAGGGUACGACAUUUCCGACUUGCAGUAUAAAUCGCACCAGAUCACCCGUGGGAAACCUGCACUGCCGGGCCUUCCAGCAACCAUGGGCGCGGAGGAAGACGUCAGCACCUUGGUUGUCCAUCUAUACGACAAGUACAGCGAUAUUGCAGCAGAUCUGUCGUACUCAGUCUUCCCGGAAUACGAUGCCAUUGCGCGCAGCGUCAAUAUCACGAACCAUGGAAACGCAAAUAUCACCGUCGAAGCCCUGGCCAGUCUGAGCGUUGACUUGCCGGUUGCAGACCUGGACAUGAUCAGCCUUCGUGGAGAUUGGGCAAGGGAAGCGAGUCGCGAGAGAACAAAGGUCCAGUACGGUGUUCAGAGCUUUGGAAGCUCCGCUGGCUACUCGUCUCACUUCCAUAACCCCUUCCUGGCAUUGAUGGAACCUUCGGCCACCGAGUCUCACGGAGAGACAUGGGGGUUUUCCCUGAUUUAUACGGGUUCCUUCUCUGUGGAUGUUGAGAGGGGCUCACAGGGCUUGACGCGUGCACUCCUGGGGCUCAAUCCCGACCAGCUAUCCUGGACUCUGCCGCCUGGGGAGACUCUCACAUCGCCAGAGUGUGUCACGGUGUACUCCAAGGAUGGGAUCGGUGGCAUGUCACGCUCUCUGCAUCGCCUAUACCGCAAGCAUCUUAUUCAAAGCAAGUUUGCCACCAGUGAUCGCCCUACCUUACUGAAUAGCUGGGAAGGGCUGGUCUUUGACUACAACGAAAGCCGGAUAUACACUCUGGCGAAGGAAUCAGCAGAUAUUGGUGCUAAGCUCUUCGUUCUGGACGACGGCUGGUUUGGCGAUGAAUAUCCGCGUGUCGACGAUACUGCUGGACUUGGUGACUGGGUGCCAAACCCGGACCGGUUUCCCAAUGGCCUAGAGCCUUUAGUCAACAACAUCACGCAUUUAACAGCAGCAAAUACAUCGACGAACCUGCGCUUCGGUAUCUGGGUCGAGCCAGAGAUGGUCAAUCCAAACUCCACCUUAUAUCACAAGCAUCCAGACUGGGUGUUACACGCAGGGCGAUACCCACGCACCGAGGGCCGCAGCCAGCUUGUUCUCAAUCUCGCGCUACCAGAAGUCCAGGACUUUAUUAUCGAGGCCGUUUCGAAUAUCUUGAAGAGCGCAGAUAUCACUUACGUCAAGUGGGAUAACAACCGGGCCAUCCACCAGCUGCCUUCCCCAGCCACAGCCCACGCUUAUAUACUUGGCCUAUACCGUGUGCUUAGUGAACUUACAGCACAGUUCCCAGAGGUCCUUUGGGAAGGCUGCGCCUCGGGCGGAGGCCGCUUCGACGCAGGGGUUCUUCACUAUUUCCCGCAGAGCUGGACCUCGGACAACACCGACGCCGUUAGUCGUAUAUCUAUUCAGAUGGGCACUUCGCUCGCCUAUCCACCCAGCGCGAUGGGAGCCCACCUAUCCGCCGUGCCAAACGGUCAGACUGACCGGACCGUACCACUAGCAUUCCGUGGCCAUGUUGCGAUGAUGGGCGGAUCAUUUGGGCUAGAACUUGACCCGGCUGAGAUGCUGCAGGAAGAGAAGGCUGCUCUGCCGGACCUCAUUACCCUCGCUGAGAAGGUGAAUCCCAUUGUGCUCACGGGUGAUCUGUGGCGGUUGAACCUACCAGAAGACUCGAAUUGGCCUGCUGCCUUGUUUAUUGCUGAAGAUGGCCAGCAAGCUGUGCUGUUUGUCUUCCAGCUCUCUCCGAACGUGAAUCAUGCCUGGCCGCGUAUCAAGCUGCAAGGAUUGGAUGCGCAGGCUUCAUAUAAGGUCGAUGGAGAGUCGGUGUAUUCUGGGACAACUCUGAUGAACCUUGGGCUGCAGUUUGUCUUUGAUUCUGAUUAUGGCAGUCGAGUUGUGAUGUUGGAGAAGCAGUAGACAGAUUCUGGAUGGGCCUAGGGUUAUUUGUAGGAACAGUAAUACUUUAUUAUCAAAGCCAACCCAACCGUUAUUGAAUCAAAAUCCAGGGUUCAUAGACGGGCAACGAAGCACAAUGUGAAUCUUUUCUUACCAUCCUCUACGUUCAACAUCAAAAUCCCCCACUCUUCAUCUCUUGCUGCUGUGGUUCGUACAUCAGACUGGCCCAUGUUGCUCCCAACGUCCCAAUCCCAGCAAGGCACUUUGAACUAGCUCAAUAGAACACGCG